AUGGAUCCGUUGACUAGGUCGCGGAGGGGUGGCAACCAUCGGGAGGUGGAAGAGGCUAGUGCAGCCCAUGAUCCGGAUUAUCAAGCAGCCUUGAGCCAGUCGGAGAUCAGUGGGAACUCUGGCGUUGGGGGCAGAGUAGCUCCCACGAAUGGCACUGUUCCGGGGGAGGCAUCCCCGGGAACGCUAGAGAUGGGAGGAGCUGGUGUUCUGGGUCUUCCUCAAGCGAACCCAUUUCAUAGUGAAAGAGUGAAGGCAGAGGUGGAGCUUCUUCGCCAUCGGCCUCGCACCUUGGAUGAUGAUGGUGUUCGUCUGAAGGUGGAGCCUGAUGAAGGUGCCCUUGGGGUACCUACUGGCAGCUUCGAGGGAGAGCCAGACUAUGGGAGGAUGCCGGGAAGCGAAGGCGGGGGUUCCCAGACCGCUCCGCGAGUGGCUCGAGUGGAGCCCUCGGCAGAUGACCUGGCAGCCACUUCUGCGUCUAGAGAUUCUCCUGAGAGACUGACUAGAAGGGAACCAGUACCCCCAUCGGGUGGGAAGGAAACUUGCACGUCGACGUCGAAUGAGGAUGCGGGAAGAAUUCAGCUUCAGGAGCCUCACCGGGAGGGUGAAGCUCUGCACCCUGCUGAUGACCCGCGAGAACUUAUCCCUGUAACUGGGGAUCGCCUGGAGAAACUGGAGGCGUUGUUGAGCCAAGUGAUCGACGAGAACCGGCAUUUGAAGCGCCGACUCGAAGUGACGGAGCGUGAGAGCCGGUCGCAUUCCAGUUGGCAUAGUGGAAUGGCUGUGGAACAGCCUUUCUCUCCAGCGACCUUUGGGCAGCGAAAUGAGUUAAGUGUACAGAGGUUUCCGAAUGUGGAUUUCCCGAGUCAGGUUCGGCAGAUUUUUCAGGGAUUGAGCCCGACGGGGGAUGUAUGGUUUGCAGCGGUAGAGUUAGCGGCUAGCCAGGGCUACAACCGUUGGCUGACGGCUGAGAGUGAGGCGAUGACCUUGAUUGAAGCGCCGGGAAGUGAUCGCCGUGCCAAGGCAGCAGCGCUGCAAACGGCCAAAGCUACGAAGUUGCUUAAGGGUGUAGCGUUGAGGGCGGUUCACGUAGACCCAGAGCUUGAUUUGUCGUGGUUGCGAAGUGCCCUGACCAGCGCGUCAGAUCCGAAUUACUGCCUUAUUGACAGUGGGGCAACCAACGCCCUUCGUCCUGCAUCUGCGGGGGAAUUGGAGGCAUGCAAGGUUAUCAAGGUGGACUUGGUAUCGGGUACCACAGAGCUUAGGAUCAAUAUCUACGGCACACUGCUUCAUGGUGGUACUUGCCAGGUCAUUCUUCCAGCCAGUUAUUUGGUGGAUCUAGGUUACACUAUUUCGUGGAAGAAGAAGGGUUGUAGAGUGAAGCAUGCUAAGCAGGGGACGCUUGAAGUGGUGGUCGUGAAGGGGUGCCCUCUCAUCCCUAAGGAAGUUGGCCUUAAGCUUUUGCGGGAUUAUGAGGGGCGUAAGGCGGGUGAGCCGAUUCUGAGCAAGGCUGAAGUUGGCGAUCUUAGUGGGUCGUUGACAGCUUCAGAAGCUAGGAGUUGGCUUAGAGAUAGGAUCCGAGAGCGUUCGGGAGGAAUGCUUACGGAUGUGGAUCAGCUUGUUUAUCUUCGUGCAGCUUUUCCGGAAGUGCCGAUGCGAUUCCUUGCGAGGGCAUGUGCUCCAGCUUUGGAGUCAGAAGGAACGGAUUGGUCCGAGUUGCUCUGGAACCGACGUCUGAGACGCUCGGUAUCGCGGGCUGAUACCGGAUCAGUUCUUGUGGCCGUGGUGGGUAAGUUAGGUGGUUUCGUGAAGGGAGCCGAGGGACGUGAUCACUUGCAGCUUGGACCCGCUGUUGUGGACGAGGAUGGACUGGUAAGGAAUGCCUAUGGUUUGAAUGUGGCGGAGUUUGAUCAGGGUUGUUUUGGGGCUUCCGGUGUGUUUGGUACGAGGGCCUGGGUCAUGUGGAAGUGGGAGCAGAGUAAGCAGGAGGAGGUGAACGAGAGGAGUUUGCACUCCCUUAGUGUAGAUGUGGCCGGACCGUUUAUCUCGGGACAAUCAUGGGAUGUGGAGUCCAGUGGACGGGAUCGGGGGCAAGGGUAUCGUUACUUUCUCGCGUUCUCUUAUGCUAUCCCUAACGGAUAUGUUCCGGUGGAGGUUGGGAGUGGGGAUGGUGACGAGUAUGAACCGUCGGAAUGUGGGGAAUUGAUGCCUUUGGAGGCCUCAGACAAGGGAACUACUGGAUUAGGUCCAGGGCCUGGUGUGGAGUUGGAGUCUAUAGAGGAAUUCUUUGCGUUACCUGGUGUGGGAUCUGUGGGUGUCAAUGCGGUGACCAGGCGCGUCCGGGGUAAGCGAGGGGAGGAUGAAGGCCCGGUUUCCUCGGGGGAAGCAGAGGUUCCUUCAGGUCAGGAGGAAGGAGUUGCUGUUGGUAUUCCGACGGCAAAGAAGGGACAUCGAGUGAUAAAUCGUUUGGAAUCGACUGGGUUUCCGGUUCAGCGCUACCACGCGGAUAGGGCUAAGGAGCUUAGGGCGGAGUUGUCAGUUCAGCAUUUAAAGGGCUUCGUGCGAAAAUUGUUGUUUGCAGCCACGCUGGAUAAGAAAUAUUGGCCGUUGGCGCUCGUGCACGCAUCUACGCGGAACUGGAUAGGAUUCUGUGAGUCUGUCGGUGUUCCUCAGCCACCUCUUUUGCCUUUUGGAAUGAAGGUUCAAGCUAGAAAAAGGGUUCGGACCGGAUAUCAGUUUCAAUGGGAGCCGCGUACCGUUGAGGGCGUUUAUUUGGGGCACGCGCCGAAUACUCCGGGAGGGCAUUUGGUGUUGGUGCCGCAGGAUGGGGACUUUAAGGUGCUCUUGACUAACACGGUUUACCCUCAACGUGAGAGUAGUGCGGUAGUAAGGAAGCCCAAAUACAGGUUGGUGGGCAAGCGCUCCCCAACCUUUGCGGUUCGGGUCGUAGCGGCUACGUCAUUGUCUGACCUGGGCCAAGAAGCAGGGACCAGGUUUGCACCUGGGGGGGAGUCCCUUAUGAAUUUUGAUAGUGAGUCGGAUUCGGAAUUUGAAAGGGCUCCGGGUGCCUGUUCUUGGGAGUUUGGGGAUAUGUGGGAAGCUGGUUCCGGGACGGGUGUUUUUCUAGAAACUUUCGAAAGCUUUGAAGAGCAGCAGCCUGGGAACCGGGAGAAGGACUACGACUCCUGUGAGACCCGUGGUGACUUCUCGGGAGGGGGUCUGUGGGUUGAAGGUGAUCGUAAUCAAGGAGAAAGAUGGCAUGUUGCGGAAGAGUGGGUUGGCGCUAGUAGAUGGGUGAUUUCGGCGUUUACUCCUAUGGGCGUGUCAGACGUUACGGUUCCUCAGUGGGAUGCUUUAAGGGAUUUGGGGUUUCCGGUUGACAAAGUCAAGGAACAGUUGGAGCAGGGUCUUUCGCUGAAGGCCUGUUCUACUGAAGAUGCCGAGAGUCACACCAUUGCUGUAAGUAAUGUCGAGUGGGUAGUUGGAUUACCUCUUCCGAUUGUGGAUGAUGAGCUGGUUGAGGGUUUAGAAGGCCUUCAUCAGUCGGUUGCUAGGCAAUGUAAGCUCUUAGAGGGUGAACUUUGUGAAGCCCUUGAAGCCACGGAAGAGGUACUCGAGAUUACCCGCCAGCUUAAUCGUGUGGAAUGCUACGGUGAGUGGUUGGAGCAGUGCUUGAGUUUGAGCCGCGGUAGUGGCGAGGUCGCUGUCAGAGCGUUGCAGUCUGAAGUGCCGUUGAAUUCCGAAGAGCCUCUGCAAGAUCAGUUCCUGCAGACCAGAACUGUAGGGCUAGCGGAGGCUAGGUGUAGGGCGGUCUGCUGUGGAAAUUACUUGCCAACCGAGAAGCUGGGACUCAUGAAGGUAGCUCUUACUUUCGCAGCUGGGCGUUCGGGUUGGACUGGAGUCACGAUUGAUGUGAAGUCGGCAUUUCUGUAUGCGUUAGCUUACCUGAAGGAUACGAUUGAGGUUGGAAUUGAUGCCGAGCUCGUAUGCAUGGUGCACGGGGUGCAGGUGGCCGAGGCAGUUUUGCCCCUUGUUCAGGAGCUGGUCGAGAACGACGUAGUAAUUUCUCUUUUAGGACAGUUUCAAAUUGCCGACUUAGGUCUGGCGUUGCUUGCUGCACUACCCCAGGUGAAGGGGCAACCAAGUGGGGAUCAACUUGAGGUUGGGGCUGGUUGGUUGGUUUGGGUCCUGGGUGCCGUUUUUACUGGGGUUGCGUUCUGCUGGGGAUGGUGGUGGAUUCAUGGGACUGCCGGUUUUCCAUGGAUUGAGGUUUUUUGGGGCUGCGCUGCGGGAGAUUCAGAUGGUUUUGGCAAUGAGCCAGGGCUGGAGGCCCAGGUAGAGGUUGCAGCAGAAGAGUCUCCGGCAGAGAGCUUUGGAGAGCCUCAAUUGGGUAGUACUGUGAACGAGCCGCGUGAACCGGAGAGUGCUGUUGAGUCGUCGGCGCCGGGAGAAGCUGUAGCAGGUGAUGUCCCAGAAGGCUCUGGGGAUGAGUUUACGGAGGCAGAGUGGGAGCAAGCCCAAGCGAAAUUGAGAAGCAUGGAGCUGGCCACGGGGUUAACUUUUGUGCAGCGGGCAAGGCUUCGCAGGGCUCUAGCAGCAGGGGGCCUUAUAGAAGUGCCUGUGUUUCAGCAAAGAUAUGGACCUUUACCGUCUUGGAUGGUGGGCCCAGACGUCGGCCCAGUGGUUGGUCCAGACGAAGUAGUCAGCGCUUCGGGGUGUUUUGAUUUAGCUAGGUUUUUGGAGGACCAUGCUUUACAGAUGAUGAGUUUGUUGGGGCAUGCUUCGCCUGAGGUCGUAUGGAUCCAAGUCUUGUCUGUUAGCUUUCAAAGAAGCCCUCAGAUUCGGACGAUUGGGAGGUUUCGGGAUUCAGGUGCCCAGUCGGUGUUGCCUAGUGCAGGUGGAGGGCGAGUGGUGUUUCAGUUUAACCAGGUAGAGCAUGAGAAUGUGUGGACCCCAGUGGCGAUGAUUAUGAAUUCCGGGGUUCAGGUGAGCUCUUUUCUGAUCGGGGGGAGCACAGAGCAUCAGAACUCAUGGGAUUCACAGGUUCAGAUCGGGGGGAGCACAGAGCCUCAGAACUCGUCAGAUUCACAGGUUCAGAUCGGGGGGAGCACAGAGCCGCAGAACUCGUGGGAUUCACAGGUCCAGAUCGGGGGGAGUACGGGGUAUCAGGACCAUCCUAGUCCGGUCGUUCAGUAUGGAGGUAGCGCCAGUAGCACUGAUCCUUGCCCUUUUGUAGGUCCUGUUUCUCAGGUAGGAGGGAGUUCUAGUAGUCAUGGCUUUGCUAAUCCUCAGGAUUCAUGGAGUUUUUGUUAUGAAGAUAUCGCCUCUUCCUUGGAGGACUGUGAAGGGUUCCCGAUGGUAGGGACCUGGACGAAGUUGCACUUUGUGGCUAGUCUGUUGUCUUCGCAAGGGGAGAUCAUCCUUUGGUUUCUAGGCUAUAGGUCCAGAGCCUGGAGACUGCUAAGGGAGGUUUCGAUGGGGGUUCGAUACGCCAUGACAGGAUCGAUAGCCGAAGUCCUCAAGAGGGGACCCUACUUUGUGAUGUUCUCAGGGCCCCAAUGGUGUGCAGCGGUGAAAGAGUUUAUCCUCACUGGCUAUCCGGUAGAGGAGGGUGAGCCUCCUGCUGAAGCCUUGGGACCUUUGUUUCCACUGGUAGUGUGGGCUCCGGGUGUACAUGUUCAUUAUCUGUGGAGGGUUUUAGCGGUAGAUGUGGGUCGUGUGCUGACGUGUCUUGGUGAUAGGGUUCGAGAGUGGGCGUAUCUUGGGUGUUUGGCUAGGGGAUUUCGUAACCGGGUUCUCUAUGCUUUGAUUGUCUGGCUACGUAGAACUGGGAUCCAAAGGGUUGCGGAUGGACCGCAAUCCAUGGAUGCUGCUGAAGCCUAUAUCCAAACUGGGGAGCGAGUAUUUCCGUUUGAAGAGGUAGGAGUAGGCGAAGCGGAGGAUGAUCCUAGUUUAGAUGAGAGACCCUUGGAACCUAGGAGGAAUCUUGCUCCGGUGUUGCGCUUAGCUCCAAUUGCACGAGAGUUUUUCGAGUCGUCAGAGUCUGAAAGUUCGGAAGAAUCCACCACGGAACCAUCGCGGACCUCUUCCGAAGGCCCGAGUGGCAGCAGUGGGAAUGGUUCUAGGAGGGCUCAAUUUGGGGUUCCGGGACCUAGGUAUGAGGUUCGUGAUGGGGUAUUGGCAUGCCCGUAUGGAGAUGAUGUAGUGGUGUUGCCACUGCCGGGUUGGAGUGCUGCAGAGGUAGGCGACUUGGUUCAGGGGCUUAAUGUUGACGGAGAAGAAGCGGCUCAGAUAGGGGUGCCGGAGGCUUGCACCGGGAUCGGGGAUAACUCGUUAUCCGAAGUGCCGGCCCCUGAGCGAAGAUGGAAGAUUGCCUGGGUUCUUGGUUGCGAAAUCUGGAGGCCCCGAAGGUCCCUUGCCCUGUUGGGAUUGCUUGUAGUUUGGAUUCUCUGGAGCUUCCUUCGGACGGCAGUAGCAGGGAAGAUUGAGCCUCGAGGACCUUUCGAAGCGCAGUGUUUGCCUCCACCUGUAAGCUCAGCUUUGCAAGUCCGCUCGGAAACAUCAGAUGUGGUGAACCCGGAGGUGGAAAUUGAUUAUGGGUGUGAUGGUGGUGUACUCUGGGAGGUAAGUAAGGGUGUCUUGCUUGUGCUGACUUGGGAAGUCUUUCGACGUUUGACCGGUAGGAUCUGGAGGACUCGAGGAGUCCCUUGUGGGUCUCAAACCGAGCCUGAUGGUAUCAUUCUGAUGCCGUUGGGUCCUGGAGUUAGGUGCCGAGGCCGUAUUUUAUUCUGCCUCUGGCAUGCUGGCUUUAAAGUCGAUAUUGAGUUGUAUUCGGAGCGGAUUCAGUCGGAGUUCCACAGUUUGGUUGGGACUUAUUUAGCUCGGGUCGAGGAUGGAGGUGUUUCCGAAGAGGACUCUGAUUGA